AUGCUUCUGAUCGAGGAUAACUUUGGAGAGCUAUUCGCACGCAUCUUUGGCGUCCUUCAACGCUAUGAGAGACUGACGCUACCCCGCCUUAAAUUCUACGGUCGUCUGACUGAUCGCCAAUUGCACCAUGGUCUCUCCGCUAUGAUUCAGCACCACCUCGUCUACCAUUUUACCUCCCUCGAUGAUGGCAACACCUACUAUGAGGCCAAUCCUCAAGCUGCAUACUAUCUGGUGCGGUCAGGGAAGAUUCUGCAGCUUGUGGAAAACCGGUUAGGAGCAUAUGCAGCCCAGGUCCUGCAAGCAAUCAUGUUCCUAGGCCAUGCGUCGAUCUCCCACCUCGAGACUCUCCCUGAGCUUCAACCUCAACAGCAGGUCACUAACGGAGUGGACCACGACGGCGAGAACGGCGAGAACGGCGAGAACGACGAGGGACACGAGGAGAACGGAGACCAGGCCGAAGAGAAUGGGCAUGGAGAAAACGGGCUGACCAACGGCAAUCAUGCCGUGGAUGCGAAGCCCGCUCGCCUUCACCCCACUCUCAAGGCUCUUGCAUCCCACGGAUACAUUCACAAGGUCCGGGAGGCACACUUCCAGAGUCCUAACGAUAAUGUGCUUGAUGCCACGCGGAUUGUUUCCUCUCGGCCAGAUGUCAAGCAAAUGAAGGGCAAGCAGCAAACGGCCGAGAUCGAGGAAAAAUCACAGCAAAUGGUUAAGGACAGAACUGAGGGAGAUCUAAGUCGUGGUCUCAUGUUCAAUGGCCUCCCCCAGGGAAUCAAACGGAAACGCGACCACGGAAACUCCGGGUCUCACGAAGAGACGAAUGGAACAAAUGGCGUAAAUGGAGACCACGCGGUGGAAGAUGAAGAAGAAAAUGACUGGUCUGAUGAUGAGGGUGAUUCCAUGCCCAUGGAUACCAACCUGAUUGUGCGAGUGAACUACGAAAAGCUUGACGUUGCACUUCGCAACACACGGUUUGUGGAACUCGCUGAGCAAGACGCACCCUACGCCUCAACUGAAGUUUACGAAUGCCUGCUUCGCCGUAUUGAAUACCAAACCCCCCGCUGUCGAGAUACCUAUGAGAUACCGCGUGAAGGAGAAGAGGGCGAACAAUACUCUGCCCCGAUUCAAUUAAGCUCCGUCGUGGCGGAUGUCGACCCUCUCCUGGAUCUUUCUGGGUGUAUUGGCCCGAUGGAGCCUUCGCUGGGAGCCACCCGAGGCGGAAAGCGACCGCUGGAUGACGGGACGAAUGGCGCACCCGACGAUUAUGACGACGAGCCGGCCGGCAGCCGCGCCUAUGAAAUCGACCAGCACCUUGGGAUCUUGUCCCAAGCGCCAUUCAACCUCACCACCAAGCAUAUCAUCUCCGGUCUCCCCACCUGGCGCGUCGCCUUCCGCGGGCUGGCUCGCAAGCUGCGCCACCUGGAGCUGGAACGCAUGAUUGAGUCCCGGUACGGAGAUGUGGCGUUGCGGGUGAUCCAUGUCCUACACGCCAAGGGGAAGCUGGACGAGAAACGGCUCCAGGAAAUCAGUCUGCUGCCCUUCAAGGACCUCCGCCAGACUCUCGCCAGCAUGCAGACGGGCGGGUUUGUCGAUCUACAGGAAGUCCCCCGCGAUGCGCAGCGACAACCCUCCAAGACCAUUUAUCUGUGGUACUACGACCCCGACCGGGUUUGCAGCAGUAUUCUCGAAGACACCUACAAGGCCAUGUCCCGCUGUCUCCAGCGGAUCAAAUUUGAGCGGGAACGCGAGAAGGACUUCCUCGAAAAGACCGAGCGAACAGAUGUCAAGGGCCACGAGGAAGAGUUCCUGUCGGAGGCCGAACUAGAGCAUCUGAAGUAUUGGCGGGCAAAGGAGGGGCUCCUCCUUGCAGAAGUCUCUCGGUUGGAUGACAUGGUAGCUGUCUUCCGUGAUUAUUGA